AUGUAUGGUAUAGAGGAUUUAGCAAAAAUCGACGAUAAUCCACACGAAAGAACACAUACGGAAGAUAAACUACACGAAUGUGAUGUUACUUCGAGAGAAUUUGUUCAAGGUAGCAACUUAAAGAGAUAUGCGAGAACACAUACUGGUGACAAACCACAUGACUGUGAUGUUAGUUCGAGAGAACGUGUUCAAGGUAGCGACUUAAAGAGACACGCGAUAACACAUACUGAAGAUAAACCACAUGACUGUGAUGUUACUUCGAGAGAAUGUGUUCAAGGCGAUAAACCUUAUAGCUGUGAUGUUUGUUCGAGAGAAUUUGUUCAAGGUAGCGACUUAAAGAGACAUCAACGAAUACAUACAGGCGAUAAACCUUAUAGCUGUGAUGAAUGUGGUAAAAGGUUCAGUCGACAAUAUAAUUUACAGAGACACGUGAGAACACAUACACGUAACUUAAAGAGUCACAUGAGAAUACAUACAGGCGAUAAACCUUAUAAAUAUGGUGUAUGUGGUACAACGUUUAGUCAUCGUUAUAGUUUACAGACCCACAUGAGAACUCAUAUAGGUGGUAGACCGCAUGUCUGUGAUGUAUGUGGUAAAGGUUUCAUUCAGCUUAGUAGCUUAAAGAGACAUAUGAUAACACAUACAGGUGAUAAUCCUUAUGGCUGUGAUGUAUGGGGUAAAGGUUUCAAUCAGCUUAGUAGUUUAAAGACACACAUGAGAACUCAUACAGGUGGUAGACCGCAUGUCUGUGAUGUAUGUGGUAAAGGGUUCAAUCAUCGUUUAAGUUUACAAAGACACAUGAUAAUACAUACAGGUGAUAAACCUUAUGACUGUGAUGUAUGUGGUAAAGGGUUUAGUCAGCUUUGUAGUUUAAAGAGACAUAUGAUAACACAUACAGGUGGUAGACCGCAUGUCUGUGAUGUAUGUGGUAAAGGGUUCAGUCAGCUUAGUAGUUUAAAGAGACAUAUGAUAACACAUACAAGUAAUAAACCUAAUAACUGUGAUGACAAACCGCAUGUUUGUGAUGUAUGUGGUAAAAGGUUCAGUCAGCUUAGUGGUUUACAAAGACACAUGAAAAUUCAUACAGGUGACAAACAACGUGACUGA